ACGCCCCUUGUGUUGUAUAGCCCAAUCAGAGUUCUUUAAAUAUCCCCCAGAACAGCAAUUUCGGCCAAUCAUUCUCCGUUUCUGAAAAAAAGAAAGAUGGCGAGCUCCAUCGGUGGCAUCCGCAUCUUACGGCGAAUUGACUUGCACCGCAGCGCAGCCUGGCUGUGUGCCUCAGGACCAGGGCGCUGUGAUGGCCGCCGCUCGCUGCACGGCACUCUGGGAUACGUGCCGCGGCGCGCGGUGCUGUACGUCCCCGGGAACGACGAGCGGAAGCUGCGUAAGCUGGCCUCGCUGGACGUGGACUGCGCCGUGCUGGACUGCGAGGACGGCGUGGCGCUCAACAAGAAGGUGAGAACGCAUCACAUCGCCCCCGGCAACCUGCCUGGCAACAAGCCCCACUACCUCACUACCAGGUUCAGAAGUGAAGUGGACUCGGGUUCAGAGGAGAGGUGUGUGAAGAGAGAGAGUGUGUGGAGUGGGAGUGCGGUGGUGUGUGAGAGGGAGAUCUGCCUGCGAGCGGCGGUGUUGCCCCCCGCCCUGAUGCUGCCCAAGCUGGAGGACACUCAGGAAGUGCAGUGGUUUGUGGACAGAUUUGGGCAGUGCCUGAAAGGGAGAGCCCUGGCCGAGCCCAUUCGCCUGGUCACCUUCGUGGAGACGGCAGUGGGUCUGCUCAACUUUAAGGCCGUCUGUGAGGAGGUUCGCCAGCUUGGCCCGCGGGUCGGCCUGCACCACGAUGGCGUGGUGUUCGGCUCUGACGACUUCUGCGCCAGCAUAGGUGCGACCCGUACAAAAGACGCGGCGGAGCUUCUGUACGCGCGGCAGAAGGUGGUGGUGACGGCGAAGGCCUUCGGCCUGCAGGCCAUCGACCUCGUUUACAUCGACUACCAGGACGGAGACGGGCUACGCAGGCAGGCCCGAGAGGGAGCGCUGAUGGGCUUCACUGGAAAACAAGUAAUUCACCCCAAUCAAGUCAAAGCAGUGCAGGAAGAGUUCUCCCCCAGUCCUGAGCGGGUGGAGUGGGCUCAGCAGCUGAUCGCUGCGUUUGAGGAGCACCAGAAGUUGGGAAAGGGAGCGUUCACCUUCCGCGGCAGCAUGAUUGACAUGCCCUCUCUGAAGCAGGCCCAGAACAUUGUUGCCAUGGCCGCCGUCGUUGCCGGGCAGUGAGCCUCAGUGGUCCCGCCCGGCGUGCCUCAGCCCCGCCCUGUUUCCACACCUCCUUGGGGCCCCGCCCUGUUUCCACACCUCCUCAGGAUCCCGCCCACUGCAGGAGACGGGCCUUCUCUAAAGGAGCUAAAAAUCCGCCUUGUCUUGCUGUUGAUUCAAAAUGGUUAAUUUGUCCUGAUUUAGUCCCCGCUUAAUAUGACAAAUGUUUUGUAUUGAACUGCAUUUUAUUUUGACAGCUGAUUGGGGAGUGGAAGGGGGAGGGGAGGGGGCAGUGAUGCGUUUUUUGAUGUCAGUCUGAGGCUUGACCAUCUUCUCUGGAAGUUCCUUUGAGUGCGUAACUCCCCUGCUCUGACUGUUAGUGUGCAGAUGUGAAGUUGUGCUUGCACUCUUAAGCACUGCUUGAGUGUGCGUGUGUGUGAGUGUGAGAGUGUGUGUCUGUGUUUGUGUGUCUGUGUGUGUGUGUGUGUGUGUGUGUGCGCGUGUGUGUGGGAGAGUGUGUAUGCUUGUGUGUGUGUGUAGCUAUGCGUGUGUGUGUCUGUGUUUGUGUGUCUGAAUGUGUGUGUGUGGGAGUGUGUGUGUGUGUGUCUAUGCAUGUGUGUCUGUGUGUGUGUGAGAGAGAGAGAGAGUGUGUGUGUGUGUAUGUGUGUCUAUGCAUGUGUGUCUGUGUGUAUGUGAGAGAGAGAGAGUGUGUGUGUGUGUGUCUAUGCGUGUCUAUGCGUGUGUGUGUGUGUGUGUGUGUGUGCCUGUGCAUGGCGUGUUUCCCGUCUCUCCCAGGUCAGGGGGAGAUGCUUGCCAGGCUGUGGGGAUCAGGGCACUCAGUGAAAGGGUAAACAAACAGAGCAGCACGCCGUCAUUUUACCAUUCAGCCCCCGUCUCUCCCUCCCACAAAAUGGCAGAAGGGUUUGCCCAGUCCCCUCCUCACCCCCGCAGAUCAAAGUUCUCCUCGUCAAAGAACUUCAAUGCCUUUCCUUAAACUAACAAUCUGAGACUUUGUUUCAGCCUCUUGCCUAAAUGGCGAGGCUUUGUGUGCGGACUGUGGGGCUCUGUCCUCGGUGAAGAGGGAGAGAGAAUGGCGGUAAACUGGGCACCAGCCCUCGAGCUGACCCACGCUGUACCGCGCUAGCCGCGCGCUAACACACACACGCGCACACACACGCGCGGCAGGAGAGGCUGUUUGGGCCGUCUCUCUAUGUAAAUAUAAACCACUUUCAAAAGGAUUUUGUUUUGUUUUGGUCCAGUCUCUGCCUUGUCGCCUUUUGGAACCCAACCACCCACCCCCACCCCCCACUCAACCCCCCCUCAUCGGGCAUCGGGUCUGCUGGUUUCACUUACUGCGAAAAGCUGAGACAAAAGCGGUGAUUGUGAGCCGUGAAUAUUUCAGCUGUACGUCUUUCAUCGUCAAAAUGGGUAAUGUACUUUAAAUAAAACUCAAUAUCCCUGUGUGACAUUCAACUUGAACCUCUCAGUCAGGACAUUUUUUUAUUUUUUUAUGUUUGUCUUUACAAUGUCCCCAUUAUUUUAAAUGUUGUCCCACAACAUGGGAAAUGAUUCUUUGUUUGCCUCUUUGUUGUCAAUCCCGGAGAGAGGAAAAAAAAACAUAAUAAUAUUUGGGGGAGAGGUUAGUUGAAUGAAUAGUUAAUAGAGGAGUUGGUGACUAUGGUAAUGAAAGCCGUUGUAUUGAGUUCGACUCGGUGUCACGUGAUCAGUCUGUCUGUGUGAAGCGUUCAGCUCCGUGGUCUCUGCCUGGCGAUAGCCAGACAGAAAGAUAUAACCCACCGCUGUGCCCAGCCAAAGGCCGGACAAUAAGUUGGUUCCUUGGCAGUCGGCCACACAUUUCAUUUAUGUUUUCUAUUCUUUCCUCUCGCUCUCAUUUAUUUUUAAUUUUCUGAUGUUCUAAUAGCGCGUUGUUUCGCCCCUGUCCCUGUUUCGACCCACUGACUAGCUGCUUUGUGCGUCAGUGUUCAUUCUUGUAAGCAGACUACAGUACAAUAAAUGAAGUGCGGGUGAAUACAGUACGAUAAAUUGAGUGCAAGUUGGGUCUUAAGUGUGGGCGUGUAAGCGGCAGUAGCGGGUGAGUUCAGCCACAAGUGUAGCAAGUACGUCAGGAGGGCGCGUGCUGUCGGUCCUCCGUCACCUUGCUCUGUAAAUAACGCGGAACAGGUGUCCGUUAAGUAGACUAAGCGCAAUUCAGGCGGCGGCCUUGCAAACACUUCCUCUCAGGGGGUCUGUCUGUGGCCCUGCGAUUCACCAGAGAGUCCCACGGAGUCCGUAUACUCCCAACGGUCGAUCUAUAGCUUGAAACAAAUAUUAUUUACUUGAGCGGGGACUGGAACAUAUAUAUUUUUUCUUUCUUUCCCGACGUGUAGUGUGCUUUAGCGUUAUAUCAUAAAGUAUCGUUCCGCAGUGCUUAGCGUAACAUUUAAAUUCUGAACUCCCCGAAAACAAAGCACUGGAACUGCCUUUCACUGUUCUUAUGGCCUCUCUUAUUAAGUCGUUUCGUAUGACGUGAAGAUAAUGCGCGGUGCGUCUAAGAAAUAAUCUUUCCUGCUUUAGGAUACUGCUCGAAACGAAGCGCCUUGACUGGAUUAAAAUUCAACCGUGAAUUUAGUUGAUUCGGCUUGGCUGUCAUGUCUGUGUGUAAUAUAUCACUGGGAUGCAAUGUGGUCCGUCUAAUUCUGUGUAAUUUUACAUGACAUUUCUAUUACGUUUCCAUCUUGACAUAAUCGUCUCAGCCCGCACGACAGAUUUAUUUAAAUACAUUUUACUAGUAGUCCCAGAGAGAGUAAAUUACAAUUAACACGAUUAUAACCUCGCGGAAAAAAACUUAACGGGAUUCAAUUAAGCGAGGAACACAAUUUUCUUAUUCGCGGUCUCGAGAUGGUUUUAAUAAAUUAUCAGGUACAAUUCAGGGGAGAAAACGUGUAUGCAAAACACUGUCAGAGGAAAAUUAAAAUGAAACGUUUUGCAUAAUUUUUUCAUUAAUCUCAAUAGGACCCGCGUGGUAAAGAUGGUUUUAUUCCCCUAAUUUCCCGCCUGGGGGUUCUCCAAAUAAUGUCUUCAUUGUUUUACUAGUGCGCUAAUGACAAUAUGUGACAACCUCAUUUUAACAAAGGAUUAUUCCUCUGCUAUAAAACGUAUCGUUUAAAUUAUAAGCGAGGGAUAUUCGGACCCAUGGUGAUGUGUAAGAUAUAGAUAUAUAGGCUAGUAACUGUCAUGAAAUUGGAGCGUGGCGCAUUUGCAGCAUCUAAUGAAAAAAACCCCAGAUAUUUUAGGUGUUAUAUAUGCCCCUCAGUUAUGUUUUUAGAAUUGUGUUUUGCACUGCGUGCCAGUGCGUUUGGGAUAUUUUAACUGUAUAACCAUGACUGCAGAUUUGAGUUUUGGAAUAUAAAUAAUGUGUCGGCUUUGACGGUCACCUAACAGGUAGCCAUACGUUUCUAUGACGAAUGAAUUAGGCUACGCGAAGUCUAUUGCCGUAAAAUAAGAUUGCAUACACAGGUCCCGGUUUUUCUACAGAUUUCGGCCUGUGAAUAUUAUUUAAUGUCGUUGUGAACAUAAUCGUUGCCAAAAGGUGAUCCAUUUGGCUUCUUUACUUUCUAAGAAACAAAUGAUAAGCCAGUAUUACGGUCGAUAACCUUUUCUCUCCUAUAGGCCUAGUUCGUAUUAUCGACUAACUUAAUGUUGAUUGUGUUGGAGUCCGACUUGAUAAAAUUUCAUCAAGGACCGCAUUAAAUACUGUUCCUCUUAAGUAUGCUUUUUGUGUCAGUAAGUUUCCAUACAAAAUUAACUAGGCUACCGUGUCCUAAAUAGGGAUUUAGAAUGGAAAUUCUUUAAAUAGUAUAUAAUGUAUUUCCUCCAUCUUCAAAAGGGAAGGGAAUGCAAUAAUUUCUCCCGGGAAGUCAUUUGAUAACUAGGAAGUUCUUGUACACAUUCAGUGGUCCAGUGAGCCUAAAAUCACGGUGUGAUCGUGUCUGGAUUAUGUGAGCGUCUUCAUACCGCAGAUUUUUAGGCCUACAUACCCUAUUUUUCGUGUACCUACUGCACAGGCAAGCGCUGUUUUCGGUAUUCAUAGUUUUAAAAGAAUUGUCCUUAAAAAAAUUUUAAGUAUGCCUGUCUGACCAAGAACACGAGAACACAUUUUAUCAAUAAAUGUAGCUAUUGUUAAUACUGUUUUGGGUCCUAACUGCCUUACAAAUGGCUCCGUUAAACGUCUAUUUAAAAAAAAAAACCGUUAAUCCGUUUGGACACACUGUCAAUCCAAGUCACUAUUUUUCUUUGCAUAUCGAUGUCAACUUCUUGGGCGUGGAGACCAGUAAAUUACGUCCACCGAUACGCCCAUAAAACGUCCCUUUUCAUUUCAAGUCUAGCUCGUGAACUAGACUUCCAUAGUCUAUUUUCAAUUCAAUAUCCCCCUCAGCCCCUGCAAUUCAUUUUUUGUCCCCUGUAGAGGAAAUGGUCUUUAUCCCAAAAACCAUGCUGAAACAUAUAAUACAAGACAUGUUCAAUAAAAUAACAUAGGCUAAAUGAUAUUUUAAAAAUAUUUUCACUGCAACAUGUGACAAGACACUACGUCGAAGAUGUCAUAUUUAAACGUUUUUUUUUUCUUCAGGAGGUAAAAAGUUAGAAAUUAUAACCGUAUCCAUAUAUCAUUUGCAAAAUAUUUUGGUAACAAGGUAGUACAUUCAAUGUAUUUAAUUUGACAACUCUGUCAAUAUUUGAAUCCAUUGAACGUAUAUUUAAAUAGGAUAUUUGCAUUUAAAAUAUAAUGUUAAGUUCUUAUGUCUGUUUAAAAUUGCGCCUCUGAAAUGUACAAUGGAACAUUGGCGCGCGCAGUAAAUAAAGAGUUAACGGUUUUAUCGAAAACUCGUGAAAGUUGUCAGGCUGAGUGUCAUUUCCCGCGCAAGUAAAGUGAUCCUUGUGUUUGGACGGCUGUGUGUUUUGAGUGAAAGAUAAUUCCUCCUCAAUGGAGUGCGUCUUGUGAAGUGUCCCGGAUUGGGACGACGCUUUUCUGCGCCACGGAUAGUCUGAACUGACCCCCCCCCCCCCCUCUUAAAUGCUGACAGAUCAAAGGCUGGCCCGUCUCCCCGCGGACCGCACUAAAACCCUGCCUCUUUGUCUGCGUUGCUAGGUUUCUAGUAAACGAAGAGUGACGGUUAGGGGCGUGUUAAUCAGGCUCGUUACAGUGUGACGAAGUCUCCGCAACUUUUCAUUUUUACUGUUUUUGACCCCGUGCACCUGCAGUUAUAUUGCAUGUCUGAUCUGAGAUCCUUAUAUAAACCCCCAAUAACUUUAGGGGGGCGGACUUUUUGUUUAUUUAGCUGCGCUGUUCUCUGAUCUGGGCCGUUCCGACUUCACCUGUUAAUGUCCACUGUUGACGUGUUAUGUGACAUUUCCACUGAAAUGGAUUUGUUGUGAAAAUUGCGCUGUGUGUCUCUUGUAAAGGCUCGCCUUUAUAAAAUGAAGUACACGAGUUUUAAACAAACAAAAAAAAAUCCACAAAAGGAAUCGCUUAAUGCAAAUUUGUAUAAUAGGCUACAUGAUGUUGUAUUAUUAAAUAUUGAAUGAAGAGUGUUGUUCUAAGUGUGUUACCUUGCUGUCAGCACUACCGGUACAUUUCCCUGUUAUUUCAUCUGAAAUUUAAUUUAUGUGGAAUAAGGUACGUCAUGAAUAAAGAAAUGUUACAAAGAUGGUCAAUAUUCGUGCAUCCUUGUUAAUUUAGGCUGCGUCUAAUGAUCUUUAUCACAUCAGUAACAUUUUCCAGAUAAUAGCCUAUACUGUCGCCCAUAUGCCGUUUAAUUAGCGAUAAAGACCUGCGUUUGAGAGUAAUUCUGAAAAAUCAUGUUCAUAAAUAGAAUUUUAUGAAGGGCGUGCCCUUAAUUAGUGUCCCGAUUUGUCCAAAUUGCUGGCGUUCGUGAUGCUUGUCUUUCUUUUUCUUUCAUUCUUUUCAUUUUGCCAAUGAGCUGUUGUUACUUAAAAAUCUUCAUUUUAAUAUUUGUAAUCGUUUCUUUGUAAUAAGAUGUUUUCAAUUGUUAAAUUAUUGAUUGGAAGUCUCAAAAUAAAAUGUUCAAAUGAAAAUUA